UUGACCUGCUGAGUGGACUAAAGAUGGGGGAGCAAGGUGGUUGGCUGGAGGCUAACAGAGAAGACUGGGCGGCCAUCUUGGAUUCCCAGAACCAGGCCGGUGCAGCCAGGGGCCCGGGGGACAACAUCACCGAACAGGCAAGGACCAGAGGCGACAUAGUGGAGUCUGCAGUCCAUGAGGACCUGCUGAUAUCCGGUGUUGCUGGCGGGCGAGACUGGACCUCUGAGGUGGCUGGUCACAAACCUUGGCUCCGGAUCAGGACCCUGGAUCAGGAGCCGUCGCUUUUCAUUUCCGAGUCAGAAACAGAACCGAACCGUGAGGGACAGAGACUCCACCACAACCAUCACACAGAACACAACCAGUGGACAGGUGGACUAAACAACCUCAGUCCUACUGGUCUUCAGAUAGACAGAGACUCCAGUCAGGGAUCCCGUCUGCAGCCCAGACACUUCUCUUCACAGUCUCAGUGCAGGGAUGAAGCAGAGCCUGGGGCUGAUAGAGAUAGACCCUCCUGUUCCUAUGACACAAAAUCCACAGUAUCCAUGAUGAACAGAGCAGGUCACCCUGGGCUUCAGCCUUCAGAGAGAGUGGUGGGAGACACCUCCGGUGGGAGUCUAACAGGAAGUCUGUCUUCUCCUUCAGGAUUUUGUUUAAUGCCUGGUGAAUGGGUUCAUAGAAGGCCUGGACCUGGGUCUAGCCUUCCUCAGUUACCUCAUGGUUACCCCACCAAUACAGACCGGGUCAGGAUGGGCGUUCACCACAAGAGGUACCUAGCCUAUAACACAGCACACAAUUUAAACAACACCCAAACAAUGGCUAGAGGUCAAGGAGGGAGCUCAAAGACUAACCACCUGAGGGUGGUGGCUCCUGCUUCUACCUCGUCUGGUGUCAUUGGGUUACAACGUGGGAGGCCGAGCAAUAGGACGGACGCCCGACAAGCCGUACAGCUGCCCCACAUGUGGGAAGCGCUCCGCUAG